AUGAUUCAGGUGCACCUGCACUGUUUGGGUAGGCCGGUCUGUUGUGGGGCCUCCCGCGCUUCACAACAUGUAUUCCGUUUACGGAAAGAUGUGCUUUGUAGUAAUCAUACGGGAAUGUGCUUCCUUUCCACUAGUCAUUACAAGCAGUAUGAGGGCCAGGUUGUGACUGACAGAGCAGAGAGAGAGAAAUCAUCAUCAAUUUCAUUUAGCUGUCCAGAGUGUGGAAAAAGGUUUCUCAGUGAGGCAAAUCUGCGACAGCACCGUCGUUCCCGGCACCUGCUGCCGCUAAAGUCCGUAGUACAGGAACGCCUUGAAGCACUACGGGAGUCUAACUCGCGUCUUCAAUUUCAGUUACGAGAGCUACAAAAGGUUAAUACUUCGAAGGAUCGUUCUUGUAAGGCUUCUUCUGCAUCGCUUUCGCACUCCGGUGAGGUC